UGUUAUUUUGACUUCACAGGCCAAAGUUCAAAAAAGGUCUGUGAUAUGAAGUAAAUUUUGUGUAAGCAGAAUAUGAAGACGAAGACGAUCACGUACCUAAAUUGCAGCAACAUCUUGUGAUCAAUCUACCAUUAAAUGGCCGGGAAUUGCCUCCCGCCGGCCGAGGUUACCGGAAGCGGCCGACCUGUCCUCCUUCCAGACGAAAUCGAAUCCUACCUCCUUUCCUCCGUCGACCUCGAAUGCGAAGAACUCCCCAAUUUCCCUAUCCUCAAAUCAGGUCUCCUCUCUCUCACAAACCACCGCCUUCUAUGGCUCCCUGACUCCACCACCACCACCACCGCCGCCUCGCCCUCCGCCAUUCCUCUUGCCGCCGUCACGCACAUAUUUUCUCCCAAGAAGUCACUCCGCGCCAUGUGGUCCUCGCCGAGAAUUCGCUUCCAGCUCUCGGUCUCAUCCGAUGGCCGGGUCAUUGGUCUGGGUUCGGGUUCGGGUUCGGGUUCGAGAUCGGUGGUGGCCACCUUAGUGGUGCGGGGGAAGGGAGAUAUCGACGCGUUUUUGGCCAAGUUCUGGGAGAGCUGGAGAGGUAGGGCGUGGCAGAGUCAGAGUCAGAGUGCGAGUUCGAGCUCUGUUUCGGGUCCCGCCUCCAGUUCUCAGUCUGGUUCGGGUUCUAGUGGGUUGUAUUCUAGUGAAGGAACGGUGAGAAUGGUGGGUGUGUCGGGGAUACUGAGGAAAGAGCAAGAGAUGUGGGAGAGUACUGAUAAGAGCUUGCAGGAUGCUUUUCAGGAUUUGAAUGCCCUUAUGAGUAAGGCCAAAGAGAUGGUGAUGCUAGCAGAGAAGAUGAGACAGAAGCUCUUGUCUGGCUCAAACUCUCAAACUGGCUCAUCUAAUGAUGAGGAAAUGGGCUCCAAACAAGAGAUGCAAGAUUGGAUGUUGAGUAUUGGUAUUAUUUCUCCUGUUACCAAAGAGUCUGCGGGCGCUUUGUACCACCAACAAUUAGCUCGUCAGUUGGCAGAUUUUGUCAAGAUUCCUCUUGAGAAAAGUGGAGGAAUGAUUAAUCUUAUAGAUAUCUACUGUGUCUUCAAUCGUGCCAGAGGAACAGAAUUGAUCUCACCAGAGGAUUUGCUGCAAGCAUGUUCCCUCUGGGAGAAGUUUGACGUACCAGUAAUGCUUCGCAAGUUUGAUAGUGGAGUCAGGGUCAUCCAGAACAAGUCCCAUAGUGAUGAGGAGGUUUUUGCUAGAAUCAAGACCCUUGUGACAAAACCUGAUGCUCUUCGAACUGGUAUAAGUGCCAGUGAUGCUGCAAUGACCUUAGGUAUUGCACCAGCCAUGGCCAAGGAGCAUCUUCUUAGUGCUGAAAGUAGAGGUAUUCUGUGCAGAGAUGUGAGUCCUGAGGGCUUCCGAUUUUACGUAAACCUCUUCUACGAACUUGAUCCAAAUGACUUAUACUUAGUGAAGGAUCAUGGGGUCUAUGCUACCUGGAUAAAGGCCGUCUCUGCUUCUUGAUGUGAGUUGUUUAACCUUCGACCCCCUUUUGAAUAGUAGAAAAAUACAAUUUUUAAAAGACCUUGAACUCAAACCCAGCCAGUUUGGCCUAAUUUAUGCUUCAGUCCCCCCUUAAAAUUUUCCAACAUUCUUACUUGGGGUGAUUUUGUACCCGAGAGGAAUUGAUCCCAUUUUACACAUUAUGAACUCCAAUGGUAUAGGAUUCUACCAUAACGCAGCUUUCCAAAGCUAGCUUCUUCAUAUUGGUCAUUUUUGCCUGGGGCUGGUACAUGUCUAUAUGCGGCUCAAUAAACCUGCAAUUUGUUUUUUUUAAACUUCUUGUGGGAGAACUCCAGGCCGAAUAAAUAUGUAUUUCAAUCUUAUUGCUUUUAUAGUAAGUUGUAACAUAAUAGAAAAAAAAAGUAGACAUAAUACCAAUUUUGACAUUGAUCGACUUCAUUAUUGGGCAGCAUAAUACCAAUUUAAGGCACCAAAUAAAGAAGCAUAAUUGAGAUGUCAAGUGGUAUUUGUUUGGUUUGUAUCAAAAUUUGUAGCUUCCUCAAUCUCCAAUCUUCUAAUGGUUGUUUAUA